ACUGCCGGUGAGGAUGGAGCUGAAGAUGUGGCAAGAGCUGUGGGUGAGGAAGAAGCCACAGGUGAGGCUGGAGGCCCGGGAGUCCCAGGUGAGGCAGGAGCCCCAAGUGAGGAAGAAGCCGCAGGUGAGGACAAAGCUGAGCGUGAGGAGGGAGCUGAGGGCGAGGCAGGAGCUGAAGAGGAAGCAGGAGCGUCAGAUGAAGAGGGAGCCGCAGGGGACACGGGAGUUGCAGGCGUGGCAGGAUCUGUGAGCAUGGCAGGAGCUGCAGCCGAGGCGGAGGCUCCAGGUGACGAAGGAGCUGCAGGUGUGGCAAGAGCCAUCAACGAGGCAGCAGCCCGGAGCCAGCACUGGCGGCAGACCUGGCAGCCUCUGCUCGAUGCUAUGGCCUACCGGGUACUGAGAAGGUUUUCUGGGGUGGAAGAGCCGGGCUGUGGAGAAGAGUCUUUUGAGAGCUGGCUGCACCAUGCCAACGACACGCUGUACCUGUGGUGCCUCAUGUCAGAGAGGGAGAGGAGGAGGAGACUGGUGGAGAGCUUGGGUGGCCCCGCGCUGGAUCUCAUGUGCGGCCUCCUGGAGGAAAAUCCCGACACCCCUGCGCAGGACUGCCUGGCCGCGCUGGCCUGUGAAGAUGCUGCCCGGACCCAUGAAGAUUGCCUCCCAGCCAAUGAGGUCACCACUGAGGGCACCCCUGUCACUGCAGAAGAAAGCAAGCCUUCCCCACCCGAGGAAGAUACCACCCUGGCUGCCCUUUCCAAGCAAGACACAGCCGACGCUGCCCCGGCACGUGAAGUGGCCGAUGGGGCAGUUCCUGUCACAGUCGACCCUGGAGAGGCUGCUCCUGACCCCCAUGAUGCUGCCCAGGCCGCCUGGGCUCGUGAAGAUGCUGCCCAGGCCGCCCUGACCUGUGAAGACACCGCUGACGCUGCCCCGGCCCGUGAAGAGGCCGAUGAGGCAGCUCCUGACACCCAUGAUGCUGCCGUGGCAGCCCCUGCCCCUGAGGAGACC